CAUAUCCGCCGUGGUGUUGUUAGGCACUUCCUGUACCUCCCAAUCGAUUGAUUUGGAAUCGGGAAAAUGACAGUGUUUAAUUUCUAUAUAUUUGACCGAAAUGGGACGUGUUUGUAUUAUGCAGAAUGGAACAGAAAGAAGCAGUCUGGCAUUAGCAAAGAGGAGGAAUUCAAGUUGAUGUAUGGCAUGAUUUUCUCAAUAAAAUCAUUUGUCAACAGGAUAUCACCAACCGACAUGAAGGAUGGUUUCAUGAACUUCAAGACAAGCAAAUACAAGCUCCAUUUCUUUGAGACACAAAGUGGUCUCAAAUUUAUAAUGAACACAGAUCUUAAUGUUGGUAGUGUCAAAGAGACAUUGCAGCUGAUCUACAGCUCGAUCUACGUGGAGUAUGUUGUGAAGAACCCCCUGUGUUGUCUGGACCAACCCAUUACUAGUGAACUGUUUAAAGCAAAACUAGAUGACUUUGUGCGCGGGUUGCCAAUCUUUCCUGCAAGUGUGUCCUAACUUGUCAGACAUCAGCAUUGUGUACUGGGACGUACAUGGGACGAUUCUGUUGCCCUCAGCCUUUGGAAAAUGGAAACUGGUUUACAUGUUUGUUGUUGCAGUCAAAUGCGGAAACAAGUACUCGGUUUGAAAAAGAAUGUUAUUGAAGUAGGCAUUAAUACAGGAUGAAUCCAGUCAAAUAUUUCAUCUAAUUCCUGAUUCAGGAGACAUUUCUUAAUUGGGCCAGACCAAUUUUUUUUCUUGUUUUACGGAUCCGCCGGUCAUAUUUUUUCAAGAAUAAGAAAAAAAAUAUAAAUUAAUUUUCCUCGCUCAUAAAAUAAAAUCCUC